GUCUACACUAGCCGUUAAGUUAAUGUUGAAGGUUUCUUAGGAAGGCGAGCUGAAAGUUGUGAAACAUGUACUUACAAAGAAAGUGUCCAGUGAGAAAACUGUAUUAUCAGAAGCCUGCCAGGGAACAAUAAAAAGAAACCUGGUGGACACUGUUUGUUUAGACGGUUGAACUUCUGAGAAGAGACAAUCCGGUUCAGCAGUUGAUUUCAUUGCAGAGGCACUUACAAGCUCGUUUUACAGAGGAACUAGACUACCAGGAACUCUACACAAAUGCAAAGCAUGCCUUGACUGCCUCGGCUCUCGCUUCAUUUCCAGGAAAACUACUCGACAGUCUAGAGGCAGACUUCGCUGUUGACUCUCUCUUGAAUACUGGGAAAUUCUCCAGCACAGCAGCGAUCCAAUUACCCACCGAUUCCAGGGGAAAUCAGGCUAAAAUGGCGGCCAGAUCACAGGACCCUUCAGCAGUCUGAUAACCAACUUGUCUUGGGCCAGAGGAAGUCUCACAGGAGCGGCCCAAAGAACAGACAUUUGUCAUCUAUAAACCCUGCUCAGUAGGACCAUAUACAUACAUACCACUCUCGCUUAGGGGAAGACCCAGCAUCUUACUGCCUGAGGGACUAGGCAAACUGCAUUGUAGGCUCUUUGUCUGGUUUCAAAUAACCACAACACAAGAUUAGCAACUACAAUAUCUUCUCAUCAGCCAGCCAGCCAGCCAGCCAGGGUUAGUGAUUAAUCUGCAAUGAUGGUCAAGCCGGUCAAGAAGAGGGCCAUCCAGGAAUGGAAGCUCACAGAAGCCAUUCAGCCUAAAGAGAAGGUACCAGAGCCCACCCCUAAAGCUCUAAUGAACCAUAUAGAGUACCCUCGAGUAUCCCAGGCAAAUCUCCUGACCCAGGCCCAGGCAUCAGUCAUGCACCAUAGCCACCCCUUUCACAUCCCACCGCCCGGUGUCAUGAUCCCCGGAGACCCUCGUGCAGCUAUGCGCAACCAUUACGUAGAGCCCAUGUACAUCCAUCCCCAGUCCAUCCCUAGAUCGACCGGACCACCCAAUGUCAUCAUACGCCCACCCGAGAGGCAGAGUCACCCGCGGAUGAUCAACCCAUCAGACAUCACGGGCUUGCCCGGUCGCGGGGCCAAGCGUCCACAGAUGCCCCAGGACAUGGCUGCAGUGGAGGCCAAAGCAAGCCGGAAGCGACGGAAGCCGGAGGGCACCACUGAAUUCGUCAUGAGUCCGUUUCUGAACGGCAGCGUUAACGGGAGCGUGCAUAUCAACGAGAAGGUGCCCCCGAUUCAACCGAUUAUCCUCGACUUUGAGGUGCCCUUGCCCCCUUUAUCUCCUCACCCUGAUGAGAGGAUGGCAGGACCAAGAGGAGACGGCGGCGGUGGGGAAAGGAAGGUGGAAUCACAUGGUGCUCAGGCAAUGUCCCCUGUCCACUCUCCUGCCAGAGAGGAUGACCACAGACAUCCAAGACAUGCAGGAGGAGCAGAUCGCCAUUCAUCCAAGUCAGGUAGUGGUAACUCAACAAAGAACUCUCUCUUCAAAAAACCAGACAUUAACCAUUACAAGUCCAGCACACAAACGGGAGGAACACGCUGCUUCAUCUGCCAAAACUCAAUCAUUCCCAAUACAAAGGACUAUCCCGUUGCACCCAGCGGUCUUGUUAUAUGCACAAAGUGCCGCGUACUCGCCAAGUCUGGGAGUCCUGUGGCCGUCGGUCCACCACCAAAAAUUCAAAUACCUGGUAGGAGUAGUCAUUCGCGGUCUCAACCUCAGCAGAGGAUACCUCGUUCACCGGUAGCUAAAUCCCCCGCCGCUAGCCUUACUCUCCCUAGAUCACCACUUCCACGGUCCCCUUCUUCUAGGUCUCCAGCUCCUAGUUCCCCUCUCCCAAACUCUUCGCCUAGUUCCCCGGCAAACACGUUGUCAGCACCCAACUCUCCAGCAUCUACCUCUGGGCUGUCGGUGCCAGGUUCACCGCGAUACUCCGCUCCAAACUCUCCAAGGUAUUCAGCUCCGAGUUCCCCCAGGAAUUCAGCACCAAGUUCACCGGUCUCAAGACCACCAGGUUCUCCUCUGCCAAAGCAUCCAUCAAUAGUGGUUUCACGAUCUCCUUACAUGAAUUCAAGUUAUUCACAGCCACCGUCCCCACGCCCUAUGGAAUACCCUAGUGGUAGAAGGCACAGCAUCAGUGGUACGCACUUAGAGGUGCAUGUUGGCAGCGGUGCAUCAAAAGCAUCACCCACAGGCAGCAUUGGUGCAGGAGCAAGCCCACGGCCAGGUUCUGCUGCUGAUUCCCCUGCCUCAAUGGAGAACCUGCAGUUACCGCCCGGUCGGGAAGGUGAUGAUACAACAAUCCGUGCUCUACUUCAGCUAGGUCGCAUGAAAGCAGACAGCGAACGGAGAACAGUGUUACAGGGAACCAACAGAGCUCUUGAUCAAGGAGAACUCAGGUUACCAAGAACUCUUGCAGAUAUCUCCAGGUUGGACCAGGCUCAGCUGCUAGAACUACAGCACAGACUUAGAUAUGCAGGUCUACCUAGCCGCUGUUACCAGCAAGAAUUUCAGGGAUCUCCUAAUCAUGAUGAUACUGGGACAAGAAACUCAAAAGGCCAUCAUUUACCAAAAUCCUCAUUGAGUCCCAAUAGUGUCCAGAGUGUACUCCAGUUACCCUAUCAAGGAAAUGGACCACCAUUGAUAAGAUCAGAAGGUGUCGUUGGUACUGCUCUUCCUAUCACAGCACUGCCAUCCACAACAGAAGAUGCCCCUCUGAAGAUCAGUCGGGUGAUUCGCAGUGCUCAGGAACAUGAUAGCAUUGACCACAGAAGAUCUCAUUCACCUAGUGACCCUCAGCUUAGAAUGCUUGAGAGCCUUGAAUCUCUACGUAAGACUGGCCAACAAUGUGGUGCAUCACAGUUAGAAAAGUAUGGUAAAUACUACAAGAAAAAUGGUAGCAAAGCAAGCGCCACGAUAGAUAUGUUUCGAGACCAGUAUUCCGUGUUCCAAUGCCACUGCUCCAGUACUGAAGUGUUCUUCAUCAAGUGUCCUGACUGUGACUUCAUCUGCAACAGUAUAUUUGGCAUGGAGCUCCACAUAGCUGCCCAAAGACAUGGUGAAGUCCGUGGGCCACCGCCACCACCUUCCCGAGAUGCAGACUAUGCGUGUGAUGAACAGUCUUGUAAGGAGAGCAGAGCGGACAGUGAAGCUUCUCACUCUUCAUUUGAAACCCAAUCAGCAGACACUGAAGCUGAAGGAUCAGGCGCUGGAUCUCCUCCAAGAACUGCUCAAAUGGCCUCUCCAAAUGUGUACAGUCCUUUACCUAACAGUAUUCCUGAAGCUUGGCGGGAGCAAGUCGCCAGUCGUAUGAGAUUACAAAGUGGAGUGGUGGACCUUGGCUCUACAGUGCCUCACGUCAACAUCCCCCGUCCAAUGGCCCAGGGUCUAGGGGAGCACCUACGCCCCCAUCACGGGCCCACAGAGCUUCCCAGCCCCCUGGACCUGAGCGGUAAGAGGUCAGCUGAGCAGUCACUUCUUGAGCAUCGGGAGAGAAGCGGAAGCAGAGAGAGAAGAAGUCAUGAAAGCAACGGACCGCUGGAUCUGUCUGGCUAUAAACACAUCCAGACUCCCAACAGCCAAUUUGUGUCUAGCCAGAGACUGGGGUCAGUGGGAAGCGUGAUUGAGAAGUCCAUGGCUACCAGCGUUCCCAGUCUAGCCCUCUCACAGGCUGUUUCCCAGAUAACACCAGGUAUGCCAGCCAUGGCUGUUCCAGGCAUGUCUGUUCCAGGCAUGAUGUUAGCAACUGCAAAUGCUUCUCAGCCACCUUACCCGAUCCCAACUAUGCUGUACCCCUUGUCAACUCUAGCAGGGACAAUACCUCUCUUGACCCCUAUCCAUUUUCAGUCAGCAUCUGCACCACCAAGUCCAAACUACUCAAGACAUCUAGAAAGCAGCCAGCCACGUCGCGCCUCCUGCUCCCUAGCUCCACCCACCGAGAUUUACUCAAAGAGUGCAAGCCCCUCGCCAUCGAUGUCUUCACCGCAGGAACAGUCUCGUCAGACGUUGUCAGUACCGCAGCAAUUGUCGUCCCACCCCUCACAAGGUCCUAGAGCGAAAGCUCUGAGUUACCAAGGUGGGACAAUCACCAUCCAACCCUCGGCCUCGAGUCUGUCCUCAUCCACCAAUCAGAAAACUGUGACCUUGGAGUCUCAGUUCUCUCGCUCGUCCCCAGCCACACCCCAAGGCCCACCCCACUCUCCGCAGACCCCCAUGCCAAGCUCACCCGCACCUCUUCUCUCAAGUACAGUCCAAACUCCAUCGGUGUGGGUCAAGAGUGAACCACAAAGCGAUGAAGAGAUGGACAGAGACAACAUGAUCUCUAGAUUAGACAAGGACAAAGACACUCCCAACUGCCAGAAUGACAUCUCUGAAAAGAACGAUGGAAAGGGUGAUAAGGCAAAGAGUAUAGAACAGAAAGAUAUAGAUGCUGAAAAAGAGAAGGAGAAGGAAAAAGAGCUAGAAAAAUUUGGUCUCAGUACAAAAAUCCCAACAUCUUCAUCGUCCAACCGUCUCCCACCUGUUCAGAUUAAAAAUGAACCUGAAAACUAGAUCUAGCUGUUAAUAGAGUUUAGGUUACCUCACCAUUGUAUGAAAUUCACCUUCACAUUCUCAUAAAUAUAGAUUAUGCUUACAUUCAGGUUUAAAACAACAUUGUCUUUCUGAGCUUCAACAUCUAUAUUUUGUUUCCUCUUUGUUUUAUAAGGAAUGGGGGCCAUAAGAAUUGCCACAAAGUUGUUCUUCCAUUCAUCUGUUUGAGCUUACCAAUACAAUCACCCUUCAAUACAAUAUCAUAAUUUUAAAACUCAAUGCGAUCACAUUACAGUUGAUAUUGUUAAAACCACAAACAUCUGAAAAGUUGCAUUGAAGAUGGAAGUGAGCUCAAGAUCAAAGAUUACCAUACAGUCAAACCUGUCCAUAUCGACCGCCCAAGGGAAACACAAAAAAAGGUCUUUGUAGACAGGUUCCUUUAUUACAUGUUUCAAUGAGAAACCAUUUUCAAGGGAAACAAAAAAUGUGGUUGUUGUAGACAGGUGGUCACUAACGCAGGUUUGACUGUAUCACGACUUACUAGUGGGUCCCCUUGUAUGGGUUUUUGGUCUUCUUGAAACCAUUUUCCAGUCUAUCUCCACUUGUAUCUGUUCCCAAUUCUAGAUCAAAGACGUAGUACGAUGCAUUGCAAUGCCUCUGCUACAGAUUUGGCAUGUCCGCUCGUGUCCAAAGUCUUGCUUUCUCAGUCAUGCGGAAUGCCAAAAGAACAAAUAUAUGUUUUCAAGAACGUUGGAUUGUUGGUAAGUUGAAAGCAACAUCAAUGUCCAUAUUUUCUAUACCUGCUGUUUUUAAGAUAACUGUGUGAUCUGUAUGAUCUGUAUGUACUCCACAGUGAGUAUGCUGCUUUCCAUACUACAUGAAAGCUUUUAAAUCUUACACAUAUCUGGCUCAAUUUGUGUGACAUGUGCUUACUUGCAGUUUGUAAUCGGCAUUGUGUCUCGUGAUCAUUUUAAAUGUUACAUUGUUGUGAUGAACAUAUAUGUAUACAUAUACAUAUCAAUAUAUAUAUAUGAUAUAAAAUAUCUCUAUUUUACUGCUGUAGUGUUGUAUCUUACUAGUAACUAAUAGUUUUACCUCGUUAUUAUCAAUAUGCUGCAAUGGUAUAUUUUUUUCUUCAUUGUAAAUAAAAAUGGAAAAAAAUUUAGAAAAUUAAGCUGCCUUGGAGUUAGUAGCACUGGUUUGCACAGUUUUCAUCUCAAAGAUGUUAUCCUUCCAACAAGAUGAACUCCUUAGCAUUGCUAAAUGUCAGUGAAACAAAAUGACAUCAUCUUUCUCGUGAAAGAUAUUCUUUUUCAACAUUUAAUGUGAAAUUAAAGGUGCUAUUUGUUAUUACAUGAGGCAAAUUUACAAAUAGAUGUAAAUUCCAGAAAAUGAAGUUUUGAGAUAACUCUGGCAAAAUGCAGACCACACAAGUUUUGUUGUCGUGAAAGCGACCACCAAUUAGGGUUUUGGAAAGUCUUUUUGAAAGGUUUCCUGUUUUACAGUUCAUAUAUGACCACGCAACUUGAGUUGUGUUCACUUGUGUAAAUCAAUGCUACUAGCUUUAACCAGCUAGGAAAAAAAUGGUACCUCAAAAGAAAAAGAAAAUAAUGGUGACUUUAUUUCCUGCCUCCACUUUGCCUUAUUAAUUAUUUGAUGCUCUUUUUUCAUCAGGGACACUCGAUCAUACUCCUCUCAAAUUAUUAGUUGUGUUCAGCCAUGGUUUUUCUCUAUGCGAAGAAAUAUAGUGUCUGUUUGGAGCCAGAAUGACAUUAACUCAUGUGCUCUAAGAGUGUUACGGUCUUACUGGCUCCAAAGUUAAAAGAUGACAGGUUGCUAGUUUGUUGAGGAAAGAAAAUGGAAGAUUCUCCUGGACAGUGGGGAACAAGAAAGCAUGUUGUACUGUUGUUGGUUAUUGAUUUAAAAUUAUGUCCAUCUACUGUACCCACAGAAUUAUUUUUUUGCUCACGGUAACAUCAUGUGCAUAUUUUUGUUAUAUGCAAUUUCAUACAAAACUCCUUUUUUUUGCCAUACCUGAAAUUGUGAUGUACAUUUCAAGUGAUCAUGCAAGAUAAGGUCUAUUUUUCUAUUUAGUGGUAAAUCUUGUAGUUAGAACAAACUUUGGCACUCUUAAUUCAGUUUAAAUCACAUUUUUAAACUUCAAAAGUUGAGUCCAGUAAUUUUGAAACUUGAGAUAUCAUAAUAUUAAUUGUCCAUCUACAAAAAAGAACUUAUUUCUUAUAUUCUUUUAUACAUCAAAUCUACUCCAUUACAAAGCAAAUUUAUUGGGAACAAUUUUUUAUCUUCAAAUACAUAUGAUUAUUGAGACUAUUUAAAAUUACCUGACAAUACUUGGGGGGGGGGGGGAAUCUUUAACAAGAUAAUACUAUCAUUAAAAGUUCAUGGGUAUUACAUUUAGUGAAAUGCACAGCUGGCAAUCUGUAAUUAGUGGUAAUAAUUGUUUUCCAGAUGAUCUCGCAAAACCUAGUUUCAUUGCUUGUCCUGCCUCAUAAUUAGAUAUUUUUAUUUCAUGGUUAUUUUUUUAUUUCAAUUUGGUACAUGUGAUCAAGUACUACACAUCACUUAAACCUAAAUAAUAUGAGUGUACUGAAUGCUGCCUAGUCUAAUGUUGUUACUCUUGUAAGUAUUGUUUGCAGAGAGGGCAUGUGAAUUGUUCGGAGUGGCUGUGAGGUAGCAGGUUAAAGGUGAAGGGUCAUGGAGGUAUUCAGCUCAUCAUAGAUGAUCAUCUUCUGGCAUGUGUUACCUGUAGCUUUGGAGUGUUGUUAUGAAUUGGGCUGUAGUUCCCCGAGAUAAGUCAAACUAUGUUAUCAAAUUUUAGACACUUUUAGACAACAUUUGACCUCUGUUCUGGCAGACUGUUGAAUUCUGCAGUUCAAGAGUUUGAAAAUGCUACUUGGUGUGCAUUGAUAUCUUAAACUGUGAUACAUGUUCAAUUAGGUGCCCUGUGCAGGUUCGAUGUGACAUUGUCCAUAUAGUUAAGCUCUCUGACCUCAAACAGCUACGUCUAUAAAGCCAUGGGUACGUUGGUGCAGGUAAACUCUCUCAAGAUUUCACUCACUUAUUCUCACCAUAUUCAUAUUGUUUUGGAAUAUAUGUAUAUGUAGUAUGAUACAUUGUAUCACCAAAACGGGUGCAAAAUGAUCGCAGAUUGUAUUGAUAAUUCAAGAUGGCUCGCUAUUUCAGUAAACUGCGAUAUACAGUAAGGGUAUAUGAACACAGACAUUGAUUACUUGUGGUUGAUUUCUUUUGGGGUCUCAUUUAAAAAUAGUUCAUUCAUUUCAAUAAAGGAAGCAGUGAGUGACAGGUGGAAUGGUUGAACACCCUAAUUAUAGUAGCACACAACAUUGCGAUGAUAGCAGAGUAAAUGAUACCUCAACUUGUACAGGAUCGUAUUGAAUGCUUUCAGUAUUGUUGUAUACCAGUCUUGCUAUAACACUAUAUGCAUAUAUAUACGAUUGCUGCAUUCAUGUGUAUAAGCUGCUUGAUUUUCUGAAUCCUAUUUUUUAUACAAAGUUAAUCGCAGCUGGAUGAGAGUGAUAGUGUCAAUGUUUUUGUUUUUUUCUUUUCUGAAUUGCAUCAUAUUUUGUUAUCCGUUUUAGAUCAGUAUCCAAUCUCUCAUGUUGAAUUUGUAUUCAAAUGAAUGUGCAGAAUACAAAUUGCAAUUAAUACAAAAGGAGAAGAAAAAAAAAGAGUGCAUAUUCACCAUUUUAUUGUUCUAGAUUUGUCCAAUCUUUCUUUGUCUUAGCACCAUCAAGUAUAUAAAUGAAAACCCUUUAAAAGAGUUCAAAUGCAAAUUCUCUUAACACAUGGGUUUUACCAAUUUCAGAAUGCCAGUUUGAGCUGAACUACACAUACUUCACAUGUAGCGUGUAGAUGUAGUGGUUCAACUAUCACAGUAGUUUAUAUACACAUAGAGUCCUAGGUUUCUGUUCUGUAGAAUUUCUGUAGUAUUGCUCGUAAACUCCAUUAAGGUACUAUUUUGACAUGAGGGCAUUAUCUUUCUUUCCGUCAUCUUUUAUGAGUCAUCUUGUCAGUACAUAUUCCUGCUUGUAGUUCUUCCUAAUCAUUGCGUUUCCAUCCUCUCUCAUGGAUUCCAAAUCAUCGUCUUUUCUUGGCAUUAAGUUCGGCGAAAAACGUCUGUUGUGAUAUGUUGUAGGGUGUGGUAGCGGCUUGGUAUUGUUGUCUCUCCGAUAUCUAAUCAGAUACGUUGUUGUUUUUUUAUUAGUUUUUAAGGCAAUUCAGUAAAAAUUGACUAUUUACUAACCCGGUAAACAAUUGUAUCUCGUAUAUCAAGACACUUGAUAGAUGGAUUACAUGAUCGCAAAGACUUUCAGGAAAUCAACCCGAGGUAAUUUCAGUAGCCUUAUCCAUUACCUAUUUGAAUGUGUAAUAUUACAAUGACGUAUUAUGUAAUUCAAACAUGAUAUUUUUCAAAUAGGAUAUUCAGUAGGAUAUUGAUAUUGCCCUUGAGUUGAUUUAUCGAAAGUCUUUGCGAUCUCGUUUGGUGAUAAAUGCAACUGGUUGUCUAAUUAUAGAUUUCAACCUAAGAUGUGGAUUGUGUAGAACAGUAAGGGUAGAAUAGAAAGGGAUGAGGUCGAUUCAGAUUUCAACCAUUUGGAAUACCGACUGUCUAUUCAAUGAUGACGAUUUGUUGUUUGUGAAAUGAUCACGAGGCACCUGAUAGUAGAGUAUUGUGAUCUACAAUAUGACAGAAAACUGAAGAAGAAAAGACACAAAAAUACUAUGUGAUGUGUGAGGUUUAAAUGCGAUUACAUUGAACAUGUGCCAACUACUUCUCAAAAAAAAUGUUUGAUUCUCGUUACACACUGCUUCUUCAUGUGUGUGUUAUUUAUGCGAAUGGAAAUGGCCAUUUUGUGAGGUGCCAUGGUUACGAACGGAAAGAAUCGCUUGAGCCGAUGAAAGAAGACGGAAGAGCGUCACGCUAAAACAGGACUUGUGCACUCUGCUAUUCUUAAUGCAGACAGCUUACAAAUUGAAGAAAAAAAAUUAGUGUCUAUGCAAUAAUGUAUUUUUAAAAAAAUAUAGAUUCAUUGUUCAUGUUUAUUCCUUAAGUAAAAAGGCCAGUACAAAUGUGUUUAAGUUCUUGGUGCAUUCUGUAAUAUUCAUUUUUCCUGAGCUCAAGAUCCUUCCAUAUUAUCAAGUCAUGCUACAAGAACUGUACAGUUGUUGGCAUGCUUUCAUGCAGUAAUAUUUUAAAUCAGAAUUGUACAUUGUGCUAUGCAAAUAAGAAGGGGAGUAGGAGAAAAAUGGAUGCCUAAAGGGCAAGAAAAUUCUGCUAUUUCAAUCAUUAUCUUGUUGUGUUUCUGUGCUGUAUGCUUUCAAUAAGCUCCAUAUUGUACAUUGUUCAGAAUAUCAUUCGUGCUGAUUGGGGGAUCAUUUUGAAGGGAAGUCUACACACCCAGGGUCAAAGUUCAAAUAGCUCUGUAUUACCCUCCAUUGAUGUACUAUAUCAUGAAUUUGAAGGGGAAAAAUACUAUUUUCUCUGAAAGUAUUGUUGAAUGUGGUGUCUUAAACUGCAGCUUUCUCUAUAUUUACUCACUUUGGUCAGAGAUUAACAUGCUAGUUGUGGUUUCUAUAACAUAAUUUCUGUCUCAUAUAUAUUCAACUUGUUGUGAUCAAAUGUUCUGUCAUUGUUGAUAAAAAUUGAGAUAUUAUAAAUAUAUAUAAAUAGAACUAUAUGAUGUUGAUUAUAAGUAGUUAUAUUUUUCUUCAAGUAUUUUAUUAAAGUGUACAUAUAUGUUUUGUAAUGUUUUGUUUUUAAGCUAGUGCAAAGCACUCAUCUUAGAUAAAAACAAAAUAUAAAUGAAAUAUUGUAAUCAUUUUUAAAACCUGUGUUAUACAAUGGUAGCUGUAUUUUUAAACCGAUCAUAGUUUUAAUUUGAGUAAGAGAUAAUUGCAUCGUUCUUCAUGGGAAGUUUGCUCUGCUAUUAAGAUCGAUACUUGUAUGCUCUGAAUCAAUUAUUUGUUAUAAGUUUUUCCUUACGGUUUAACAUGUUGGUCAUGUUUUUAAAAAUGUAUUUGAUAUACCCUUGUGCGUUUAUAUUUUAAUGAUUGUAACUAUCACAAGAAUUUGGAUCAGGACUGUCCGCUAAGAGCUCAAUUUACUCAAAGUUCCUACAUAACAUACUUCCCAGGCUGUGGUAAUGAGUGAAAUCCUAAUGUUAACAAGCAGAUGAGAUUGUUUUUUUGUUUUUUUAAUCACUUUUAGAAUGUUUAACCUGUUUGAAGUGAAUAAUAUGAUCUGAAAUAGAAAUGAUAGAUAAUUGUCACUUAAAUCUUGUUAUCUGAUCUGAUAGUAUCUGAUCCUAUUUUCUCUCUCUAUCUCUCUCUCUCAAAAAAGAACAAACCUUUAGAGAUAAUUUACUUUUAAUGAGAACCGUUAAAUUUGUACAUAUUUACAAUUCGAUAACAUAUGUCAAUUCAUUGAAAUAUAGUGAGUGAAAUUUGCACUAUUUUGGAAUCAAAUUGAAAUUCGGUAAGUUAAACAUAUCGGUAAAUGUAUAAUGGAGAAAUUGAUGUGGUUUGUUGAGGGAGAGAAAUAAGUUAAACUAUGGCAUUCCAUAUUGUGAUACAUAGAGUACUAGUUGAGACAUGCAUGCUCAUCUUUUAAUUGUGCCUUAUGUAUUAAAAAGAAAAUCAAAAAAAAAAUUGACACCAUGUCUGUAUACAUGAGGUAUAUCUUUUGUAAAUAGGGGAAUAUAUAUAUAUGAAUAUAUAUAUUAACAAAUCUUGUGCAUAUGAUUAAACUGACCAAAAUGAAAGAAA